AUGCCCGAACUGAGAGCAAUCAGCAAGGUCUUCACUGCCCUCGAACAAGCCGAGGGGGCUGGCGCCAGAGUUCGGCGCUCCAUCGGCAGCACAUAUCAACGCAACUUUUCACCAUUCCUCAUGCUUGAUCACAUGAACGGAAGUAGUGGUGCAGGCUUCCCAGAUCAUCCCCACCGAGGACAAGAAACGGUAUCCUAUAUCCUCAAAGGGUCCGUCGAACAUGAAGACUUUGCUGGGAAUAAGGGCGUCCUCAAUGCUGGCGACUUGCAAUUUAUGACCGCAGGAAGAGGCAUUAUGCAUUCUGAGCAGCCGCUGCCUGAUCCUGAGGGAAACCCAGGAGCUGGCUUCCAGCUGUGGGUCGACCUUCCAAAGCACCUGAAGAUGUGUGAGCCCCGAUAUCGAGAUCUGAGGGCCAACGAAAUCCCACGCGCCCAUCUUGAUGACGGCAGGGUCCUUAUCAAGGUCAUUUCAGGCAAAUCUGGCAAUAUUAAUAGCGCCAAAAACUUGGCAUAUACGCCUGUGUGGUAUCUAGAUGUCGAGAUUCAACCGGGCGGCGCUUUGGUUCAGCCCCUACCCCAAGGCUGGAAUGCUUUCUCUUACGUUUUCGAGGGCUCUGCCGACUUUGCAUCUCCAACCGGUGUCUUAACCAAGGUUGAGCAGUACGGCACGGUGAUAUACGAAACCGGAGGAGAUGUCAUUUCUAUUCAGGUUGCCGAGAACGCAGGCCGCAGCGUUCGUCUUCUUAUUAUCGCUGGCCAGAUUCUAGACCAACCGAUUGUUCAACAUGGACCUUUUGUCUCAACUAGCGCCGAAGGAAUCCAGCAAGCUUUUGAAGACUUUUACGGGAGCAAAAACGGGUUUGAGAGAGCGAAGGGAUGGCGAAGUGAGAAUAUGAGGCGCAGGAUGAGUAUCUAG